UCCCGCCCGUCGGCAUACCGCCCACCGCCCAGCAAGGCUCAGUAUGUUGGGCGUAGCCUUGAGAAUGCCGGAGAGUUCUUCGUAUUGCUCGGAGACAUUGCUGCGUCCGUUUGAAGAUCCCGGGCACAUAUCGCUCGCCCUCGCAGAGACGGAGACAUGCUUCUUCUACUGCUGAGUGCUGACGGACAGAUUGUCAAUUGGCGAGCCAUGGCUCAUAUAAGAAGAGGUCGAUUCAGACCUCGAUCAAUCACCCAGAACCCUGUAAGUCGUCACCAGAUAAAUUCUCCAGUAUACCACCAACAGAUCAUGCUUUUCGAUGCACUCAUCAUCGGCGGCGGCCCCGCCGGCCUCUCAGCCGCCCUGGCCCUCGGCCGUGUCUGUCGCACCGCCCUCGUGCUAGACUCAGGCGUAUACCGCAACGAGGGCGUAACAGCCAUGCACACAGUCCUGUCACGGGACGGCAGCAAUCCGGUCGAGUUUCGCAGAACAGCCAUCGAGCAGAUUAAGCACUACCCGAGCAUUCACUUCCAGCAGGCGAAUGUUGUGGAGGUGAGACAGACAGAGGUUGCGCCGGAUUACACAGGAUUCACCGCAACGGAUAGUGAGAGUCGGACAUGGUUGGGGAGGAAGUUGAUCCUCGCUAUGGGCACCGAAGACGUCCUGCCGGAGGAUAUUCCAGGGUACAGGGAGAAUUGGCCGAGUCAUAUCUACCAGUGCCUUUUCUGCGACGGCUUCGAGCAAAGACACCACCCAAUCGGAGUUCUCACGUUCGCGAAUCCGAGCUACAAUCACCUCGUCCUCAUGGCGCUGAAUCUCAACCCGGACGUGACAAUCUACAGCAACGGCCCCGUGAGCUCGGACAGCUCGGUGCAGCAGGCUCUCAGAAUCGCCCUCGCCCGCGGCGCAAAGAUCGACUCAAGAAAGGUCGCGAAGCUCAUCAACAACGGUCCAGGGCCAGAGAAAGGCAUCACGGUAGAGUUUGACGAUGGCUCCAGCGUCAGGUUGGGGAUGCUGCUGCAUCGACCUGCGACAAGAAACCGCGGCCAGCACUUGAUUGAUCAGCUCGGACUUAAGAUGAGAGAAGGGACGGGGGAGAUCUUUGUGGAUCCCGUCUUUGCGGAGACGAGCGUGAAGGGGUGUUUUGCGGCAGGGGAUACGGCUGACAUGUUCAAGCAGGUUGCUCUUGCAAUGGGGUCAGGACUUCGUGCUGGUGGAGUAGUGUCGAUGCAACUAUGCAACGGGGAGGGUGUUCGGGCUAUUGCGAGUCUGUAAGCUAGCUCAUAUAAUUCCCAUUGCCGAAAAAGCAGCCAGAAUGUCCUGAUCGACGUUAACGAGCCACUCCUGUUGAAAAAUUUCCAGCCCUCCCGCGGCCUGAAUCGCUUGCUGAAGAUGCCGCGUGACAAAUGCAGGUAGAUUGGCAGUGUGCACAGCAUCGCUGUAGGUCCAUUGUCUUCUUCGCGCAUCCUCGGGGGAUUCCAUACUGCCAUCGGUCGGCUGAUCACCGUUGCUGUAGACAAGCGAGUCUCCAGUCGUCUCUUCCGCGCUGUCACGAAGCUCGGUGA